AUGGCACCAUCUCUUGCUGAGCCCGUUAACAGCCUUCGCGCACCACCCAAGUCGCUUCUUAAGACAAAUGGGGGUCACAACAAGGAGAAUCUGAUUGGAUACGGGGAGACCUACAAGCAUGCGGACGAGAUAAAGGGUACCACCAAAUACUCGGCUGCAUCAUUCCCUAACUACCUACCCGUUUGGGACAAUGAAACCGAAAGAUAUCCACCACUACAACCCUUUGAGCACUAUGACCACGGAAGGGACGCCGACUCAACUUUCCCGGAUCUAUUCCCCAAGGAUGGAGACUUCCACCUGGACGAGCUCACCCCCAGCAUCGGCUCCGAAGUUAGCGGUAUCCAGCUAAGCCAAUUGACAAAGGAGGGCAAGGACCAGCUCGCAUUGUUCGUUGCCCAGAGAAAGGUCGUUGCAUUCCGCGAUCAGGACUUUGCGCACCUCCCCAUCGACAAGGCCCUCGAGUUCGGUGGCUACUUCGGCCGCCAUCAUAUCCACCAAGCCUCCGGUGCCCCAAAGGGCUACCCCGAGGUUCACAUCGUGCACCGUGGAGCAGAGGACACCAGCGGCGCCGACUUCCUCGCUGGCCACACCAACUCUAUCACCUGGCACUCAGAUGUGACCUUUGAGGAGCAACCCCCCGGCACAACCUUCCUUUACCUCCUCGAUGGCCCUUCGACCGGCGGAGACACCCUCUUCGCAGACAUGGCUUCAGCCUACAGGCGUCUCUCCCCCGAGUUCCAAAAACGCCUCCACGGUCUCAAGGCUGUGCACUCCGGUGUCGAGCAAGUCAACAACAGCCUGAACAAGGGCGGCAUUGCCCGUCGUGACCCUAUCACAACAGAGCACCCCAUUGUUCGAACUCACCCGGCAACGGGCGAGAAGGCCCUCUACGUGAACCCUCAAUUCACUCGACACAUCGUCGGCUACAAGAAGGAAGAAUCCGACUUCCUUCUCAAGUUCCUCUACGACCACAUCGCCGUAUCCCAGGACAUCCAGACCCGUGUCAGAUGGCGCGCCGGCACAGUUGUCGUUUGGGAUAACCGAGUUGCCUGCCACAGUGCCCUAUUUGACUGGGCCGACGGGCAGAGACGCCAUUUGGCCAGAAUCACACCUCAGGCUGAGCGGCCAUAUGAGACUCCGUUUGAGGCUUAG